CCUGUGUGGACACAUUUAGGAUAAACUGGUAACAGACACAGAGACUGUCUUCAUGUCCAUCUCGGACAGUUUCGACGCUUAUUGUACUGAGCUGAAGACUCAGCUGGGGACAGGAUGUGGACAAAGUCUCUGAGGAUCAUAAACCUGCUGCACCGCUGCAGUGUCUUCAGGAGGACAGCUGUUGGGGGACAGACUCAGAUCCGCAGGCUGCUGUCCUCCUCCGGACCCCCCUGGAGGAUCCUGUUCUUCGGCUCCGAUCAGUUCGCGAUGGAGUCUCUGAAACUGCUGUCAGACAGCAGGAGCUCCAGUGGACAGGUGGUGGCGUCCUUGGAAGUGGUCACGUUGUCCGGUGACGUCCCGGUGAAGAAGUUUGCUCAGCAGAACCACCUGCCCCUCCACAGCUGGCCUCCGGACACCGCCGACGGACAGUUUGACGUCGGGGUCGUGGUGUCUUUCGGCUGUUUGCUGCACGAGAGUCUGAUCAACAAGUUCCCAUAG